AUGUUGUGGUGCUUGAUGCUGGAAGCACAGGGACACGAGUCCAUGCGCCUUGGCAGCCAUUCCGCUAGGGUCUUCAACUACGAGUACCGCAAGCUUGAGACGCGUCGCUUUCCGCUGAUUGUGAGCCCGCCCUUGACUCUACCAACAGAAAUCGCCACAGCUGCCAACAAGCCUGGGCUUUCAUCUUUCGUGCACCAGACCGAAGGCAUCCCAAGGAAGCUGGAUGAGCUGCUGAGACACGCUGCAGAUGCCUUGCUACUCCACAAUCCAGACGUUGAGCUGAAGCAGGUGCCGCUAUACCUGGGUGCUACGGCAGGGCUUCGUGAACUGCAUGACCGGGACAGGGACGAGGUGAUGGCAGCAACGCGUGAGCAUUUGCGGAAGCAGAGCGUUUUCGCAGUCACUCGUGAUGAACAGGUGCGAGUUCUCUCUGGUGAAGAAGAGGGUGCCUUUGGAUGGCUUGCUCUUAACCAGCUGCAGGCCGAGAUCAGUCCAGAUCCCCACACCACUUUUGGUGCCUUGGACUUCGGUGGCGCAUCCAUGCAGAUCGCCUUUGUGCCGCACGAGACCUCCAUCUUGGCCGGGAUCUUUCCGAUGCACUUCGGUGGAAGCGUCCAGGGUCCCAUCCACUUGUACUCGCACAGCUUCAACGGCUUCGGGAAAGUGGUGGCCUUCCAACGCGCCACCCGUGUCCUGUUGUCCGGCCAGGGCCAGAAGAAGCCGCAGGAAGUGAAGCACCCGUGCAUGCCUACUGGACUGACAUGGCACGUUGAUUUCAAUGACUUUGGAGUGAGUAUUAACAAGUCAAACCCGGAACGAGCUGAGGGCCCGCUAAAGUUGGUGGGCACUGGAGACUUUGAUGGGUGCUACGCAUUGACCACACCCCUCUUUGACAAGGACACUUGGUGGCGACAGGUAAACGUUGCGGUGAAGAGACACUGA